ACGAUUCUAGUGUUAGAAGAGCGGGUUUGCCGUGCUUGAAUCAUAGCGCUCUCUCUCUUUCGCUCUUUGUUUGUCCUACAGUGUCCCUGAUUUCAGCUUCAGGCUUCAAAGUGAGAAGCCAGAAGAACUGAGAGUUUCUACAAGACGACAAUACCUGGAUGCGGGGAUAUCUGGACACCUCACAAUGGAUGGAUUGAGGACAAAGUGUUGAGUUCUCCUAAAGCUGUCCGUGAAUGAUACAGAGGAGUGUUGGGAUGUCGUGGCUGGUGUGGGUGUGGGUCAGUGUGACAGUUCUGCUGAUGUGUGAGGCCACUUUCUAUGAGACCAUCCAGCAGCACCUGGCCCCACCCGGAACCAACAUACAGAUCCUCGAAGGAGGGACAUGCGAGGUGAUUGCGGCACACAGGUGCUGUAACAAAAACAAGAUUGAAGAGAGAUCUCAGACAGUGAAGUGCUCCUGUUUACCAGGGAAAGUGGCAGGAACCACCAGGAAUAAACCCUCCUGUGUUGACGCCUCCAUAGUGAUUGGGAAGUGGUGGUGUGAGAUGGAGCCGUGUCUGGAGGGAGAGGAAUGCAAGACUCUACCAGAUAACUCCGGCUGGAUGUGCUACUCUGGAAACAAAAUCAAAACCACCAGGAAUACCCACCCUUACACAUCCUUGUAGCAGAUGUAAUGUUACUGCAAGCUCAUAACGGAGGAACUUUACGAAGGGAAACAUCCAAGAUGACAAGCUGAAUUAAGUCUUCUCAACUCUAAACCAACAGACAUGUGUUUAAUGACUUGAAAUGGAGUCGUCUGCUCAUAAAUCCAUCUGUCUCUGAGUAACACGGACACCAGACUUUCUAAGAAAAUCUUUGUGGCCGUUGAACACUGCUGGUUCUUUCGUUGUUUUGUUUUUGUUUGACAUUUGUCAAAUAUUUGUUUCCUCUCAAUGAGUCCUGGAUAAUUAAACUCGUAUCCCUUUGUGUGGAGUGCACUCAAACCAGCUAUACCUUGCCUGAAAUAAUCUUCAACUGUAAUAUUCUUGGAUGUUCCUAUGUCUCCGCUACUGUAUGUAGUGAAACUGGCUUCCUGUUCAUGUGGAUUUUCAGAAGGGGAUUGAUCCUCAUCAAGCAAGUUUAAUUAAGACACUUUGUGCAUCGACUGUGAGCAAAAUGCUGAGGAGCACAUGUACAUGGAAUGACCGAUCCAGUCCGGAAAUGUUCCUCCGUUUCCUGGAACGUUAUAUCAGAUUCAGAAUGAAUUCUGGUGGUGAUACUAAAACCAAAUAAGUCUUCAGCAUGAUUUCUGUAAAGCUGUAAAAAUAGGUGAAGGAAAUGUUUUACAUAAAUAAAAUGAAUUCAAAACAGGUGAGAAUGAUGUUACAAAUGU